AUGUCUCCUCAGCUGCAUACACAUGCUGGCACUAGCUCCCCAGUAGAGAAGAGGGGAUUGUGCAGAAGUGGAACACCAUGGAUUUGGCCUCUCCUGCAAGCACUGUCCUGGGGCUUCCUGCUGGCUUGGCUGGUUGGAGAUCUCAUCACCUCUUUCCUAGGCUGCUAUUUAGCAAAUCAACUGCCAAUCCAGGUAAUCUCUCAUUAUUCCUACUUUUUCAUUCAUCCUCUUCAAACUCACUCUCUUGACAUGAUUGGAAUGUCAGCCUUCAUUUGUGGCUCUGUGUCCUGUGUCUUUCACCUGGGCAGGAGAUUUCCUCAGCUGUAG